AUGGUUUUGCAAAGAGCGACGCAUAGGCUCUUGAGGUCCGCUGCCAAGGCACUGCCGAGGCAGCAGGUACGACAACUGAGCAUCCACGAGUAUCAGUCGCACAAACUACUUAUUGAGUUUGGUGCGCCUGUUCCAAAAGGCCGGCUCGUGCGAACACCCGAUGAGGCUCGCUCCGCCGUCAACGAGCUCGGCCCUUGCUUCAUCAAGGCGCAGGUCCUCGAUGGCGGCCGCGCGGGAGGCGUCUUCGACAACGGCGUUCAGGGCGGCGUCCGGGCUGUUCGCGACCCGGAGGAGGCCGCCGCGCUGGCGUCCCAGAUGCUCGGACAGCGCCUGCGUACGAGGCGCUCGCCCAAGGAAGGCCACGCCGUGAACGAGCUGUACGUGGCCGAGACAGUGCCGUUUGACGCCGAAUGGUAUCUCGCCAUGACAAUCGACCGCAGCAACUACGCGCCAGCAAUCAUCAUCUCGAAGAAGGGCGGCCGGGACAUUGACGUGAUCGCACAGGAGCACCCCGAGAGCAUCCACACGUUCAACUUUGGCCUCUCCGAAGGCAUCACCCAGGCUCUUGUUUCCGACAUUUCAUCAAAGGUCGGCCUCUCGGCGCCGGAGACGGAGAGCCUCGCACCCAUCCUCUCAUCAAUGUACCAAAUCUUCUCACAAAAGGACGGCACUCUGCUCGAAGUCAACCCGCUCGCUCACUCUCCCGACGGGUCCUUCACCUGCCUCGACGCGACGUUUACGUUUGACAACUCGGCCGUUCACCGGCAGUGCGACAUGUUUGCGCUGCGCGACCGCAGCCAGGAGGUCGCCGACGAGCUCGAGGCGGAGCGCCACGGGCUGCUGUAUGUCAAGAUGGACGGCGACAUCGGCAACGUGGUCAACGGCGCGGGGCUCGCGAUGGCGACCAACGACGCCAUUGGGUUCCACGGCGGCGCCAACUCCAACUUUCUUGAUGCUGGGGGCAAGGCGACCAAGGAGACGAUGCAGCAAGCGUUUGGCAUCAUUACGCGCGACCCGCGGGUCAAGGCGAUCCUGGUGAAUAUCUACGGAGGCCUGACGAGGUGCGACAUGAUUGCCGAAUCCAUCAUCGGCGCGAGCAAGGAGCUGGACAUUCGCGUGCCCAUGGUGGUGAGGCUGCAGGGCACGAACUCUGCCGAGGGCCUCAGACUGCUGGCCGAGGCCAACCUGGGCCUACACGUCGAGUCGGAUUUUGGGCGCGCAGCACAGCGAGUCGUGGAGCUGGCCAAGGCGGCAUGA